ACGUAAUAUUUUUUUUUAUUUUCGCCAGGAUGAGGUCGUUACUGUUGUCGUUACUGGUGGGUUAUGCACUGGCAGCCUCGGUGGAGCGACAAAAGCGACAAGUUUUUGGAAAUGGACUUGAUCUACAGUCAUCUUUAGGUGGGUACCUUCCACCACGACCAGAACCCUGUCAGCCGUCUACCGUCUACCGUACACAGACACAGUACUCCACCCAGGUCAUCCCUACCACCGUCUACAACACUGACGUGCAGUACGUCACUCAGACGUCUGUCCGUACACAGCAGGUCUACACCACUGUCUACUCCGAGAUCGUCCGCACACAAGUGGUUUCUUCCGUCCAGUACCAGACAGUGACCGUCACACGCACCCAGGACAACGUCCGCACACAGGUCGUAACUCUGCCUCCUCAGAUCAACUACGUCACUAAGACGCAACAAGACGUGAGGACACAAGUUCAGUAUCAGACUGUAUACUCGACACGCAUCCAGCAAGUACCAUCAACAAUUAUCAGGAACGUGGUGUCGACAUUAGUAGUUCCUCAACAGGUAGUCAGCACAAUCUACCAGACCCAGUAUGUGACCAGAACCCAGCAGGUCCCAGGACAGACCCGUACAGUGGACAGUACUCAGUACAGUACCAUCUACUCCACCGUGGUGGUACCUGCUCAGGACGUGGUGAGUACAACUCAAGUUAUCCGCACCAACGUCGUCACUCAGACCAUCACUCAGCCAGGUCAGACCCAGGUUAUUACCUCCACCCAGGUGGUACCCGUCACUACCACCAUCUUCUCCCAGGUGGUGCUUACCAGCACCCAGACACAGUACGUGACACGCACUCAGGAACAGCAGGUGGUAUCUACGGUCUUCCGUACAGAGCAGGUGCCGCAGUAUAUUACCAAGACAGUAACGGUACCACAACAAGUAGUGAGUACCCAGGUAUCAACACAGGUGGUGCCCACAACCAUCUACACUCAACAAGUGGUGCCAUCUGUUGUGAAUCUUCCGGCCCAGACACAAUACGUCACCGUCACCACUACCUCCGUCAGUACUGUCCAGCUGCCAGGUCAGACCCGCGUAGUAUACAUAACUACGACACUCUAUAACACUAACUACGUCACCUCCACCGUCUACAACCAACAGGUCAACACUGUAACAGCCACCAGCACCUACCAGCCCAAUUGUAACACCGGCUACAACUACCCUACACCCUCCCAGCCAUUUAAUGCUCUAGGGAAAUAA